AACGACUGACAACUGACACUGACAGAGUGCGUUUCUGCCACGCUUCAGGAUUCGGUCUCCGCCGUCGGCCGUAUUAACAUCUUACACAUUCUAUGCAUUCAUACUCAUCGUGAAUCGGCAUGAAUUUCGAACUGACAUCAAUUCUGACCCUGAGCUUAUCGAUCAUUCUCCCUAAACAUCAAUUCUGAUCCUGAGGUUAUCGAUCAUUCUCCCUAAAUAAAUAUCGGAGUCAGGCGUCAAGAAUCAAGCAUCAAAGAAAAUGAGUGGUGCCGGCAAGCUCGUCUGUGUCACCGGAGCUUCUGGUUACAUUGCUUCAUGGCUGGUGAAGCUCUUGCUUCAGCGAGGAUACACCGUCAAAGCUUCAGUUCGCGACCGAAAUGAUCCAAAAAAGACUGCACACUUACGUGCUCUUGUUGGAGCAAAGGAAAGACUUCAUUUGUUCAAAGCAAAUUUAUUGGAGGAAGGAUCUUUUGAUUCUGUGGUUGAAGAAUGUGAAGCUGUUUUCCAUACAGCAUCUCCUUUUUAUCAUAAUGUCACAGAUCCACAGGCUGAAUUAAUUGACCCUGCAGUAAAGGGAACUCUUAACGUUCUUGGUUCCUGCAAAAAAGCUUCAUCUGUUAAAAGGGUGGUUGUAACAUCAUCAAUGGCUGCAGUUGCAUACAAUAGAAAACCUAGAAAUCCUGACGUGGUUGUUGAUGAAACUUGGUUUUCUGAUCCAGAAUUUUGUAAGGAGACAAAUGCUUGGUAUUUACUUUCAAAGACCUUGGCUGAGGCUGCAGCCUGGAAAUUUGCAAAAGAAAAUGGGAUUGACAUGGUUACAAUAAAUCCAGCAAUGGUCAUUGGCCCUCUUUUACAGCCAACACUUAAUACAAGUGCAGAAGCAAUUCUGAAAUUAGUUAAUGGUACAAAUACAUAUCCCAAUGCAACACUUGGAUGGGUUAAUGUUAAAGAUGUUGCGAAUGCUCAUAUUCAGGCAUUUGAGAUUCCUUCAGCCAGUGGAAGAUAUUGCUUAGUUGAGAGUGUUGUUCAUUAUUCAGGGGUUGUGAAGAUUCUACAUGAGCUUUUCCCUUCUUUCCACCUCCCUAACAAGUGUGCAGAUGAUAAGCCUCACGUGCCAACAUACCAAGUAAGCAAGGAGAAAGCAAAAAGCUUGGGCAUCGAUUUUAUUCCCUUCAAGGAGAGCCUUAAGGAAACAGUUGAAAGCUUGAAAGAGAAAAACUUUUUCAGUUUCUAAAUCUUAGUAGCUGCAAAUGAUGCAAUCAAACAAAUGAAGGUUCAUUAUCUCCAAGUGCUCUUAAAUUUGUCCAUGGGUAAUAUUUACAGCGACACAGUGAACUUAUUAUAAUGUGUAUUUGCAUCAACUAUUAUUGAUAUAUAAAUACAAGACUAUGACCCUAAAGCUACGUGCAGCAGUUGGUGGUA